AUGACCAGGCUACUGUCGCAGGAGUCGACAGCAGGGAGGAUGAGAGCCCUCACAGAACUGAGGAGCUUGAGAAUGAGAGCUGGUCAAGAGGUGGCCGAUUUCUGUACUGCGUUGGAAGACUUGGGAAGGAAGGCCAAUCCAGAUUGUUCCAUUGAGGAUCUGACUGGCCGGAACACUUAUCAGCUGGUUGGGGCUUUGCACAGGGUGGAUUCCCGCAAGGCAUAUGAGGAAGUGAAACAACUAGCCUUGAGCAUAGAACAGUCUAAGGUCAUGUUCGGCGUUGGAAGGAAAGCAAGUGAUGGCCAGUCGAAGAGGAGAGCCACACAAUAUCGCAACUGUGAAGAGAUGGGUACAGCUGAAGAGGACGCGUUCUCUCACAAUGGGGAGGAGAACGUGAGAGGAAAAUUGGCCAGGGCAGAAGUAAGAAGCGGGCGGGACAACUACCAAAAAGAGUCACAUGUGGACAGCGAAAGCCAUAAGCAGAUGCAGUACAUCCCGCCUAGGUCUCGGCUAGCGGAUACCGAGAACAAAAAGUGUUUCAAGUGUCUGAAAUAUGGCCAUAUAGCCAGACACUGUCCUGAGCAAUCGAUAAGGGUGAAUCAGGUCAAGAAACAAAGCGACAAUGAGAAAAUUACUCUGUCAGAAAUCAUAAGGCAAGCUCGCAGUCUGGGAAUGACAGCCAGACGAGAAGGGAAAAAUAUAGGUGAUCUAGUAGGUGGUCGAGUUGUCAAACAGUUGAGUGUACUGGGUGCCAUGAUUCCAGCACUGAUCGACACAGGGUCGAUGGUUAGUGUAAUUCCAGUGAAUAUACUAGCUAAAGCGCAGGAUAGGGGAAUUGACGUGGACGCGCUGAAACUGAUCGAGGUGUCCCAACUGGCGCCUGUUUUCGAUGCAUCCAAUAGGAGGAUGGAAUUUCUCGGAGCAGUAUAUAUUGAUACGGAGCUAGAAGGAGGAGAUCGAGGGCUUGUACCGUUCCACAUUAGCCCAAGAAAAGGCGGCGAAAUUAUUCUGGGUACUAAUGCUCUGAGUACGUUAGGUGUGGUUCUGUCUGUAGUCGCGGACAAUGAGAAAAGUAACGAACAGCGAAUGGACAGAGUAGAGGUCAAAAGUGUCACGGUAGCAAGGCGUUUGAGCGUAUCAUUGCGACGAUCAGCUGUGGUGUCAGUUAAGGGUCAGGAUAAAAUUUCAGCAGAACCACAAAGUUCAAGACGGUCCGAUAGGAGAGGUGAAGAGAAUAGCCUUUGCAGAAAGCAAGAUCAAAAACGCGCAGUGAUCUUCCCCAAUGGUGCGAUCAUUGAUGACAAGAAAUGUAGAAGAGGACGGAAUAGGAGAGAAAGUAAGAUGAAGAUGGAAACCAUUCAAAGAAAACCUGUUAGAGAUGCAGAGCCACACCACUGGAAUGUGUGCUCAUGUGGAGCUGCGUCAAAGCAGUUGGAUGUCGUUUGCUUAAGAAAGUCGCAUCGCGCCCGUCACCUAGUAGCAGAGGAACGGGUCGACUCCGAAGGCAAGAGGAGCCGAUAG